AUGAUUAUAGAAAAUGGUGAAUUAUCAUCACCUUUAAUGAAUGCGAAUGAAUAGAAGAAUAAUCAAUAAUAGAAGUAAAGAAAAAAAAGUCUUUUUUAGAAGAUAUUUGGAUGCUGUCUUGAGAGAACUUCAAAAAGUAGAAUAAAUACUGCAGACAACGAAUAAAACCAAGAGGAUGAUGAUUCAGAGAAGUACCAUGGUUUUAGUCCAUCAAACCAAAUCACCGGAACUAAUUAACAACAAAAUUAAGACUAAAAUGAAAACAAUCAGUAAGGGAAUGUGAUUAAAAGCUUAAGCUAGGACAAAAGAGAAAAGUUAUUUGGGAUAAACCCUAAUUAGUCCUACAAAGGAGGGAAAAAUCUUUUAGAUUAAUAAGGAGGAGUUUAGAACUAAGCAUAUCAGAAUCAGUAAAAUAGCAAAGCAGGAGAUAAAAAAAAAACAAACAAAAAAUAAAAAAAAGCAAAGGAGUAAGCUAUAAAUUAUGAUUCAAACAGUAUAUAUGAUAGCAGUAGUGGAUAUGAUGUAUCACAAGCAAGUAAUCACACAACUGAUUUGAGAAGUAGUAGUUUAUCUACAAAAACACAUAAUUAUGAUUUUGAUGUAUCGAAUUAUGGUACAGGGUAGAUAUUUUUAUUAGGAAAAAUUUUAUAAUUAAUGGUACUUGUGAAAGACUAAAAGUAUGUAAUUGACUAUGCUAGUAAUAAUCUUCCAGAUGAUUUUAGAAACUAUACAAAUUCUACUGCUUCAAAAGAAUUACAUUAAAUUAAUUCUUUAAGUGGAAACUACCAAAGUAUGACUUUUAGAGAUAACUCGUCUUAUUUCAACAUGAAAUCCUUGUCUAAUUUAAAUAUUAAAACACUUUCUUAGUAUGAGUUUAAUCCCGAUACAAUUAAAUAUUAUAGAAGAAGGCAAGUAUACUUUUCUAAAUACACAUAAGGUAUAUGUGUAGAUGCUAAAUGCUGGCCUUUUUUGAUUCCUGAGUGUAUUGUUUAACACAUAGCUCGUAGAGCUUCUUAAUCAAAUAGAAGAGAAUCAAUAGUUGAUGUUUCAUGUGCAGUUGGAUAAUUCUCAAUAGCUUUUUCAAAUCAAAUAAAUUAGGUAAUUGCAAUAGAAAAAGAUCCUAUCAGAUACUAAUUUGCAAGGAAUAAUGCAUCUAUAUAUAAUGUAUAAAAUUGUAAAUAUGACUAAAAUGAAAGAAUGUCCUUCAAUGAAGGAGUACUUUUUUACUAAGACACAUCUUUCUUGGAGGAAUAGUUCUAAACAAAUGCCAAUCUAUCAGAUAUUGUAUUUAUUGCUCCUCAUUUAUUAUCUGAGAAUAUCAAUAAAAUUUAAAAUUAUGAUGAUCCAUAUUUCUAAUCUAGCUACUUUUAUGAUAGUUUGAGACUUUACUUAAAGAAAGCUUUUAAAAUUGCGCCAUAAGUAAUCUUAUUCACUCCAAGAAAUGUAAAAAUAAUAGAUAUUGUUGACUUAUUCACAGACGCAAUAAAAGAAAAUCUUAAUAAGGUAAAAAAAUGCAGCAUAGAAAUAGAAAAACACUUUGUAAAUGAUCAUCUCAAAUAUAUUUGCUUUUAUUUUGGAGAAUUUGGAAGAGAGGAAAUUUCUUCAUAGCAGGAAUUUAAGUACAUAAAUUAACAACUUGAAAAGUGUUACACUAUUAACAAUAAUAAAUAGAAAUAUUAAAAAUAAACUAGCAUUCAAAAAAAUAAACCAAUUAGAAUUCAUUAGCAAGUAUUUAAUGAAUUAGGAAAAUUUUAACUUUUAAAUAUAGUAUACAAAUUUAAUUUUAGUUUUAAAAUUGAGAAUAUGAAAAUAAGUGAAGAUCAAACCCUAUUGUCCUUAUUCUACGCUUACUUAAUUAGCCAUAAUUUCAUGAGCCAAGCAAGAAUUUCUUAUAUGAUUUCACGAAAAUAAUACACCAAUUCUAAUUUGAGCUCAAAUACAAACAAUUUUACUAUUUCAAUUUUGAAAGAUGAUGAAAAUAAUUUAAAUAAGUAAGGCAAACCUCUAAAUGAUAGCAUUUUAAGGAGAGUAUCUUCAUUUACAAUAUAACAAGCCAGUCAAAUUAAAAAUUCUUCUAAUAAUAUUUUACUGCCUCCUUCUCGUACUGCAACGUAAACUUAAUCAAAUUAAGAGGAAAAUACUUCUUAGUUAGAUAAUUAGAUAUCUAAGUAAUUCGAUUAAAUAAAUCCUAAUACAACAUGGGAUGAAGAAUAUAAAUAAGAAAGUUAAGGAUCGAAGUUUUCUAACUUUGUUGGAUCAAUCGAUAGCUAAAAAGCUAAUAAUUUGCUUGAAUCAAGAAAUACUGAAAGGACACUUUCUAGUAAUAGUAACUUAUUUAGGAGUACUACGAAUGAUUAAAAUAAUUAUAGAAAUACUAGAAUUGUUUAUCAAAAUUAAAAAGAAAAUAGAGAAAAUAAUAAAAAAAAAUUUUCAAGAAAUGGCCAUCGCACAUUAACAAAUUUGUAAAGAAAAAAUAAUUUAUAAAGUAUGGAAAAUAUUCUAGAUGAUUUUGAUGAUAAAGAAGUUAUAAAUAAACACUAUAACUAAACUGAAAGCGAUGAAAACAUCGGUGAUGCAAAUAACCAAGAGUAAUUUUUUUCAGAAACUGAUUCAGAAGAAGAUUAUGAGUAUGAGUAUGAAGAUGAUUCUAGCUUUAACAAAAAUUAAAUGAAUGCUAGUUAAAUUACUAAUAACCAACUUAGUUUUCUCCAUAAGACAUAAAGGGUUUAUGAGAGCAAGCUAGAAGGUUAUAGUGAUAGAACAAGAGGACCUAAUGAUAUUAAAAAAUCUUAGCUUAGUAAUUCUAGUUAAUAGACUCAAGAUCAAGAUCAACUGGUAGUUUUUCACUUCAAUUUCUUUGAACAAAAUAAAAAUGAUCUGUCAUUUAAUAUGAAUACAUCGUUUAAUCUCAUGAAUACUAGCAGGUUGAUUGCUUAAGAAAUGGGUCAAGAUUAAAAUCAAAGCUAACUAAAAACUGGAAAAACAAAAGACAGAAGCAAUUUUAUUUAAAAUGAAAACGAUGCAGUGUCUUUUGAUUCAGAUUAAAAAUGCGAUUAAAUUACUUAUACUGUACAAAAUUGUAAUAUGUGA